AUGGAUACGACGGCCCCCGUGGAGCAGGCCAUGCCUCUGCUGCCAGAGCAUCCUGAAGCGCCUGUGGAUAUGCCUGCACCAGAGGCGAGCGAGUCGACCAAAGAAGCUGUGGCGCCUAGUACUUCUUCACGACGCGCACCGCGCCCAUCCCUGCCGCCUCAGAAAGGCACGACGGUUUUUCCGCUGGCGCGUGUAUCGAAAAUCAUCAAGGCGGAUAGUGCUGUGGACAUUUGCAGUAAAGAAGCUACGUUUCUUAUAAGUGCAGCUACGGAGCUGUUUGUACGCAAGUUUGCUGAGGAAGGAUGUACCAAUGCGCGGUUGGAGAAGCGCAAAAUGGUCCGCUACGAUGAUAUGGCCAAAGCCGUGAUGCAAAAUGAAUACAUGGACUUUUUACGAGACAUUGUCCCCAUGACGAUGCCCUUGUCAAUGGCCUUGAAGCUGCGUGAAGAGCGCGAUCCACCGACCGCCGAGCCGUCUGAUGCGCCACAGCAAGACAAGAAACUAGACAAAGACGAGACACCCUUCGAGGCGCCAGCGACGCCGCAGGCCUCGGACGCGAACGACGUGUCCAUGGACGAGGCCGGCCACGACGCGUCACAGCAGGAAAUGGUUGGCCACGUGGUGUAA